CACACAGCUAGUAAGUGUUAAGUGUCUGAGGCCGGAUUUGAACUCUGGUACUACUGAGUCUAGGGCUGGUGCUCUAUCCACUGUGCUACCUAGCUGCCCCCACCAAAGCCUCUUUCAAGGAGAGAACCUGGAACCAAAGAGAAUGUCCCUGGGGACCCAGAGACCCUCAUCCCAGGAGUUGGUGACCUUCAAGGAUGUGGCUGUGGAUUUCACCCAGGAGGAGUGGCGCCUCUUGGACCAUUCUCAGAGAGAGCUGUACAAGGAGGUCAUGCUGGAGAAUGUCCAGACCCUGCUCUCUGUGGGAUUUCCAGUUUCUAGAGAAGAUUUGCCUUCCCCUUUCCAGGAAGGGGAAGCACCAGGGAUGGUAGAAGAAAAAGGUACAAGGAGCUCCUGUCCAGGUGCAGAGACCAGGUUUGAAGUGAAGGAGAUGACUACAAAGGUGGACAUCGUUGUGGAAGAAUGUUUCUAUCAUAGAUUUCAGAGUAAAAACGGUGCCUAUGACUUCAGUUUGAGAGAAAACAGUAAGAGAAUGACUUCACGGAAUGAAUAUGUUCAGGACAGUCAAGAUAAUAAAUGGUUUCCUAAACAACUAAAGCCUUUUAAGGCUCAUGAGAAGUCUCUACAAAUGCAAAUGGAUCAAGGUAAUCAUCUGGAAAUGGCCUUGAAUUUAAAUUCUGAUCUCAUUAGACAUCAGAAAAGUGAUACUGGAGAAAUGCCUUAUGUAGCUGACAAACAUGGGAAGGCCUUCAGUCAGAGCUCUAAGCUCAUUACUCUUCAGAAAAUUCACAGUAGAAAGGAGCCUGUUGAAUACAAUGAAUGUAAAGCAACCUUCUCCCUUCACUCAUCUCUUCCUUGCCAUGCUGGAUUUGACCAUGGAAUGAAAAGAUAUGCAUGUCAUCAUUGUGGAAAGGCCUUUGCUUCAAACUCAGAUCUUAUUAGUCAUCAGAACAUUCACACUGGAAAAAAGUUUUAUGAAUGUAAUGAGUGUGGAAAGAUUUUCACACAGGUAUGGCAUCUUGUUGUGCAUCAGAGAAUCCACACUGGAGAGAAACCUUAUGAAUGUAAUCAGUGUGGAAAGGCUUUCACACUGAGCUGUCAUCUUGCUAACCAUCAGAGACUCCACACUGGAGAGAAACAUUAUGAAUGUAAUCAGUGUGGAAAGACUUUCACAAAGAGUUCCAAUCUUGCUAAGCAUGAGAGAAUCCACACUGGAGAGAAACCUUAUGAAUGCAAUCAGUGUGGACAUGCUUUCACACAGAGCUACAGUCUUGCUGCACAUCAAAGAAUACAUACUGGAGAGAAACCUUAUGAAUGUUAUCAGUGUGGAAAGACUUUCACAAGGAGGUCACUUCUUGCUCAGCAUCAGAGAAUUCACACUGGAGAGAAACCUUAUACAUGUAAUCAGUGUGGAAAGGCUUUCACAGUGAGCUCCAGUCUUGCUGCACAUCAGAGAAUCCACACUGGGGAGAAACCUUAUGAAUGUAAUCAAUGUGGACAGGCUUUCACACAGAGGUACCCUCUUGUUAGACAUCAGAGAAUCCACACUGGAGAGAAACCUUAUAAAUGUAAUCAGUGUGGAAAGGCUUUCACAGAGAGAUCCAGUCUUGCUGCACAUCAAGGAAUCCACACUGGAGAGAGACCUUAUGGAUGUUAUCAGUGUGGAAAGGCUUUCACACAGAGCUCUACUCUUGCUAAGCAUCAGAGAAUCCACACUGGAGAGAAACCUUAUGAGUGUAAUCAGUGUGGAAAGGCUUUUGCACAGAUUUCCGGUCUUUCUAACCAUCAGAAAGCCCACAUUGGAGAGAAACCUUAUGAAUGUAAUCAGUGUGGGAAGGCUUUCACAAUGAGGUCCACUCUUGUUGCACACCAGAGAAUCCACACUGGAGAGAAACCUUAUGAGUGUAAUCAGUGUGGAAAGGCUUUUGCACAGAUUUCCGGUCUUUCUAACCAUCAGAAAGCCCACAUUGGAGAAUAACCUUAUGAAUGUAAUCAGUGUGGAAAGGCUUUCACAGAGAGAUCCAGUCUUGCUGCACAUCAGGGAAUCCACACUGGAGAGAAAACUUAUGAAUGUAGUAAUCACUGUGGGAAGUCUUUCUCAGAGACGUCCACUCUUGCUAAGCAUAAGAGUAUCCAUGCAGGAGAGAAACCUUUUGAAUGUGAUCAGUGUGGAAAGACUUUCACAGAGAGUUCCUCCCAGUCUUCAUAAGCAUAGAGAAUACACACUGGAAAGAAACUUUUGAAUGCAAUCAGUGUGGAAAGAAGUUCAGAUGCAGCUCCAGUCUGUUUUUUUUUUUUUUUUAGUGAGGCAAUUGGGGUUAAGUGACUUGCCCAGGGCCACACAGCUAGUAAGAGUUAAGUGUCUGAGGCCAGAUUUGAACUCAGGUACCCCUGACUUCAAGGCCAGUGCUCUAUCCACUGCACCACCGAGCUGCCCUGCAGCUCCAGUCUUGCUGUGCACAUAAGGGAAUCCACACUGCAAAGAAAUCUUAGGAAUAUAAUUAAUGUGGUCAAACCUUCAGGCAAUAACCAUCUCUUACUUCCCAUCUGAGAAUUCCUAUUGUAUAGUGUAAGAAAAUCAUGGGCUUUGCUGUGAGGUUGAAGCCAUGAGCCUGGGUCAAACAGACUUAAAGUGGCAAGGGCAAGAAUCAAAAAGAAGUUAAGGGGACAAGAGUGCAUGUGAAAUAAAUUGUAUUCCUCAAUGAUCAUGCUUGGAGUUAGACUCAGAAUAACGUGAGUCCCAUAAUGUCAGAUGCUUUUCAUCCUUAAGUUAGUAUUACACAAAUGGAUUUUACUAUAAGAUGCUUAAUAACAAACAAAAGAAUUAGGAUAGGUGUAAGUGCCUUUAGAACUCCUUAAAACAGUGGGAACAUUUUUAAGGUGAUUAAAUAUCAAAAAUAGGUAAACUCAGAUUUCCCAUUUUAACAGAAUUUUUUUUAAUUUGACAUCCAGAUAGAAGAGAAAUUGCUUUUCCACCAUAGGUGAUACAAUAGUUCACCAAUUAUGUCAUAAGGAUUUUUAAAAACAUAGUCCUGGAUUCAAACAUUAUUUGGAUUUUUUAAAAAAUUUGAAACCAAACCAGUUAAUUACCAGUCAGGUGUUCUUAAUUUAGUUGUAUAUGCUUUUUACACAGAAACCUUAAAAUCACAUGCUUCCUGAA